CACUCUCCACUCGUUCUUUACUAGUGGUUAGUAGCAGUAACGCUCUAUAUUUAGACACACUGUUAUAUUUACUGGAUUCCUGAAUCCCCCCCUGUAUAUAUAUCUGAAUGUUGACUGUAUUUAUUUGUCGGUGGCCAACCAGCCAAUAAAAAAAGCACUAAAAGCAAUUGGGAAAAAAAAUGAUGAUGAGAGUAACAUCGUGUGCCUUGUUUGUGGUGUUGAGCCUGGUGACCGUAGAGGGUCGUCUUGGCGCCGUCAAGGGUAGUCGAAGGUUGCAAGGACUUCCCACGCUGGAAGUGGUUGGAAAUGAUGGAGAUUUCGACGUGUUCCCGUUGGGUUUGUGCCAGGGAGAGUGUGAUAAUGAUAAUGAUUGCGAAGAAGGCCUCUAUUGCUUCCAACGAGAGGCUGGAGUAUCCGUGCCUGGAUGUCAAGAUGGAGGUCCUGGUUUCCAAAGUCGGACUGAUUAUUGCGUUCCCGUGGAGAACCCAGUCGAUAUGGUGCCAACCGAAGAAGACGAAAAGGAAGACGAAAAAGACGACAAAAACGCCAAGGAUGACGAGGAAGAGGAAGUAGACGGAGAUAUUGCGGACAUGGAGGAAACCGACUUUCCCGCGGAUAUUUUGACCAUGGUCCCUACCAUGCUAGAAACCUUUGCCGAGAGUGGCGUUUCCGUCAUUGUCAAUGCCGAAGAAUUUCCAGGUGACCAAGAAGAAGAAGAAAUCAUGGAAGCAGAGGUUGCAGUAGGGACACUGGCAGUGGUGGGACAAAAUGGAAAUCCGGCCAGAUUCUUCCCUCUCGGAAUGUGUGAAGGAGAUUGCGAUAAUGACGGGGAAUGUGCAGGUGGUCUCGUCUGUUUCCAACGGGAAGACGGUGAUGAAGUCCCAGGCUGUGUUGGAAAUUUGGCUUCCACAACCGACUACUGUGUUCGCCCUGCAGAUGAAGUCGAGGAAGUGGAAGAAGAACCCGUCGAGGAGGAAGAGAUGGAAGAUGAAGAACCAGUCGAAGAGGAGGAGAUGGAGGAAGAAGAAGAGGAAGAAAUGGAAGAGGAGAUGGAGGAAGACGAAGAGGAAGACAAAGAUGACAAAGACGAUGAGGAAGAAGAGGAGGUCGAAGUUGAGGAAGAAACUACCAUGCCUGAAGAAACUACUAUGCCUGAGGAAACUCCCAUGCCCGAAGAAAAUCCCAUGCUUGAAGCAACAACCGUUCCUAUGCCUGAAGAUGACACAACUCCGGAAGAAACAAUCCCCCCAACUAUGGUAGAGACCGACGCCGAGACAGCGGUUGAAACCGAGGCGGAAACUGCAGUGGAGACAGAGACCGAUGCCGAUGAUGAGGCCGACGAAGCAGCUGAUGAAGUCGAUAACGGAAUUGAAGUGGGCAAAUAAACCACAAGAGCAAUCCACUUGUGCUAGGUUCUCUCUCAGUGAAGCGAAAAGAGAGAGGAAGCUGCAACUCUCCCAGCCACAAUACUCCACAAGAGGACACGCGGAUGUCGUUCAUCCUGUUUUCGAGGAUGCCAUAAAGAUGGCGUCUUCCUAUGUCUGUCAUGGCUUGUUCGAAAGUGUAUCAGUACCAUACAUUAAACAAUUAAUAGGCAACGUUACAAUAC